CUCUCGAGCUCGACAGCCAUGGCCUCAGAACUAGGGCUAGCGCCGCCGGCGAAGCGCCCGCUAGCGGCGGCACCCACCACCAUCACCGGCAUCGGCGACGAACUCCUCCGCGAGAUCUUCCUCCUGCUUCCGUCCCUCCCGAGCCUCGUCCGCGCCGCCCUCGCCUGCCGCACCUUCCUCGGCGCCGUACGGUCGUCCCCCGCCUUCCGCCGCCGCUUCCUGGCGCUCCACCCGCCCCAGAUCCUCGGCUUCUUCAUCUGCCCCAGCCGCAUAGCCAGCCACCCCUUCGUCCCCUCCCGCGGCCGCUCCGACCCGGACCUCGCCGCCGCCGUCCGCGGCGCCGAUUUCUUCCUCACCCGCCUCCCGGAGGACGGCGGUUCCUCCCGCGGGUGGCACUUCGAGACCUGCUACGGUGGCUACGCCGUCCUCCUCAACCAAACCACGGACCAGAUCGCUGCCUACAACCCCCUCACGCAGGCGCUGCAUCUCUUCCCCCAGCCGCCCGCCGAUAAGAUCCUCUUCCACGGCUUGCCUGAGUACUAUUUCUUCCCCGAAGAGGACCAGGGAGUGCUCCGUAUGGUCUGUGUCCAACACCGGAACACGUCGUGGCAAGUGCCGGCGCGCCUCGCCGUCUUCUCCCCGGCCACCAGCGGCGAGUGGCAGAUUUUGCCGUGGGUGGAGACCCCGCCGCCGCUGCAGCCCGAGGAAGAUGGUCAAAAGGUCAUCACUUUUUACCCUGGUACGCAGGUGAAAGGAUUCGUUUACUGGAAACACACGAGUCAAGCCUAUGCACUCGUUCUCAACACUGCGACACUGCAAUUCUCGAGAGUGGAUUUGCCGCCAUUCUUUGAAGAGAUAGAGACUGUGCAAUUUAUGCUUGGUCAGACCAAGGAUGGGGAGCUCUGUAUGGCUGGCGCAGAUGACAACGAUGGAAAGACAGGAAUGCUUGUUGUUUGCGUUUGGAGAGCUGAUGAGCACGGUGUUGAGAAGUGGAUGCUGGAAGGUACUUUUGCACUGAGUCUAUUUGUUGAUGCCACAGAGGAUGAUUCCACGGUGCAGGUUGAUGCGAUUAUCGAUGGCUAUGUGUACCUGUCUACUAAGUAUUCUGGGCAAGCCGAGUCCCUCCUAUCCCUCUGCCUGGAAACAGCAAAGCUAACCAAGCUCUUUGAUGGUACAUACACAAGCCCAUCUCAUCCCUAUAUCAUGGCGUGGCCUUCUUCUUUGGUAGACAACAAGGCAAGCCCGUGCUUGAAGAUUCCGGUUUACAGAAGGAUGGUGAAAGCAAAAUCUUCUGAAAGGGGAGGCGGCGAUCCAGAAUUCAGCUAUCAGGAGUUCAGGACCCAUGAAGCUGCUCAUGCGUCCUCGACUGGUGGCUUACUGAGCAUCACUGAAGAAGAUGAACAAAAUGAGCUGAUGGAUAUUGAGCGGCAGUAAUAACAAAAAGUCUUGUUACUGCUUGAUUGUGGUGUUUCGAUCCAGGUUAUCUGUCCUGUAUGUUUUUCGUUCUGAACAAAUCAGUCUGGGGCUAGCUUGUCGCCCAAAUCUUAUCUUCUCUUUUGUGUCUGUGUCCUGUUGUGGAUUGCUGUCCACUUUCCUUGGAGUUUGCUCUUGCGACCCUGCGUUA